AUGGCUGCAGGAUUGCUGACAGCCUGGUCACAGGACUCGGUGACCUUCGAGGAGGUUGCAGUGGACUUUUCACAGGAGGAGUGGGCACUGCUGGACCCUGCUCAGAAAAUCCUGUACAGAGAUGUGAUGCUGGAGAACUUUAGGAACCUGGCCUCAGUGGGGUAUCAUCUCUGCAAACACAGUCUGAUCACUGAGGUGGAGCAGGAAGAGCUGAGGCCAGAGCAGAGAGGAAUUCUCCAAGGUGCUUAUAGAGACCGGGAUACUCAACUUAAAUCAAAAGACGCAAUUCUUACACAGAAUGUUCCUGGGGAAAAAACUUCUAAUGGCAUAAAAACAGCAGCAACUCACCCUGGUGAGAAACCAAUGGAAUUUAAUCAUUGUGGAAAAUUCUUCAGAAAGAACUGUCACCUUAUUUGUCCAAGAUAUUGCAAGAGAGAAAUGCUACAAAUAUAA